UAAUCUGAGCCGCGGCAGUGAACCCUCCCGGCCGCCAGGGGGCGCCGUGGCGCCAGCGGGCUCGUGUGACGCCGCAGGGUCCGGGCAGUUUGAACGUGCUGACAUCAGCGGCGGAUUUUUUGUUUUUAUUUUGAAUUUCGUGGAAACUUUUCAACGUUUGCGAGGGCAGCAUUUGCAGCAGCUCCAGCAUGGAGUCUAGGCUGCUGAUUGGCUGGCAUCAGCAGAAGGUGGAGCUUGAACAGGAGGUGUGUCGCCUGCAGGAGGAGCUGGCCGAGAGUCGAGCAGAGAGAGAGGAGCUGGAGUCCAGGAGCAGAGCUCUGAACGACCGGCUGUGUCAAACAGUUUCUCCCUUGCUUGGCAUCUCUCACCAUGAGGAGGAGGAGCAGAGGAGGUGGAGGAGGAAGCUGAGAGAAGGCAGGGAGAGGGAGGCCAGGCAGGCGCUGCUGAUCCACCGCCUGCAGAACAAGGUGGUAGAGUACAGAGAUCGAUGUCAGCGCCUGGAUCUCCAGCUGCAGGAUGAACAGGCCCAGCUGCUCAACACUGAGCGGAGGGUCAGAGACGAACACAGCGACUCUCUGGAGAGCGCCCUCAUCAGGCUGGAGGAGGAGCAGCAGAGGUCAAUCAGUCUGGCAGAGACCAACUCUCUCCUGCGAGAGCAGCUCAGCCAAUCAGAGCAGGCCAACCAGGUCCUGAGAGCAGACGUCCAGGGUCUGGCAAGAGCUGUGGAGGAGGCGGAGCAGAGAGAGAAGGAGAGUCGGUGGGGUCACAUGGAUCAGGAGCAGGAACGAUGGCUGUCAGUGUGGAGGUCUAUGGUCGCUCUGAGGAGACAUUGCCACACCGUGAAGACUGCGGCCGACAGGGAUCUUUGGGAGCUGAGGGCGGAAUUUUCUCGUCUCUCCUCGACUCUUCUCUCCAACUGUGACUCCGUCUGCCUGAGGCUCAGCGCUCCCCACAACAAUCUUUCCUCGUCCUCCGUGCCGCCCCUUCUUCUCCUCCCUGACCUCCCUCCCCUCUCCCCCUCCAGUCCUCCCCUGUCCUCCACAGUGGUCCCCCAUCUGCCGGACUCCUCGGGUUCCCUUCCUCCUACCUUCUCCCCCCCAACACUGGGAAGCUUUUCCAUUAGAGAGUUGGAGAUCAGAGAGGAGGAGGAGGAUAAGGAGACAGCGACAUCAGAGUUGAAGCGUCUCCAUGAGACAGAAGUGUUGCAGCUGAAGGACAGGAUUGUGGAGCUCAAUCACUCACUGGAGCUCGUGGAGAGUCAGAGGAAGGAGAAAGAGAUGGAGGUGGAGAUACACAGAGACGCAGAGAGGAGUCUGGAGUCUGUGAGUCGGGCUGUGAUCAGACUGUCCAGAGUCCUGAGCAGCAGCAACAGUCGGUCUCCGAGCGUCUCCCCCGACGCUGUCCUCGGCCUGGACCUGUCCUCCCUGCUGUCUGUCCUGUCACAGGCUGAGAGCGCCCUGCAGUGGAGACACGAGGAGCUGCAGGGGGCGGGGCUAGAUUUGCGGCGGCUUGGCGAAGAGAAAGCGGCGCUGGAGCUCCGACUGAAACAUCUGGUGGAUGACAACCAGCAGCUGCACACACAUGCAAAACACACACAGCAGGAGCUCACACACACUCUGGACAUCCUGAGCAGAGAGAAGGAGGCGUCAUCCUCCCUACGUUUCCAGGUGGAGGAGGUGCAGCAGAGGGAGGAGGAAGGGAAGAGGGAGAACGACAGACUGAGGAGAGAGAGAGACAGACAGGAAGAGAGACACCGACAGCUGGAGACAGAAACACAGAGACGAGUUGAGACGGAGCUGCUGGAGAACGUUCAGCUGACGGAGAGAGAAACUCUGCACCGAAUGGAGAUCCACAGUCUGAAGGGGGCGCUGGAAAGGGAACAGCUGGACAGGCAAAAGGCAGAAGAAGAAGCUGCCGAUGUCAGAGACGCCCUCCAGAAGUCCAGGGAGAAGGAGUUGCUGCUGGCGUCCUCGGAGGGUGUGUUGAGGCGGGAGGUGGAGGAGGGACGCGAUGCUCUGGAGAAGAUGUCUGCCCUGAACUCUGCUCUGGUUUCAGACAAGAGAGGGUUGAACCAGCAGCUUCUGCAGCUGGAAGGUGAGCUGGCAGACAGCCAAUCACACCUGCAGACUCUGAGGUCAGAGGUCAGCUCCCUGCAGAGAGACGUCAGAACCCUGAACACCGACUGCAACCUCCUCAGAGCACAGAGGGAGACGGAGGCUGAUGUCAUCCGUCAGCUGAGAGCCCAACAGUCUGAGAUGGAGAGAACCUUGGAGGAGAGGGAGAGACAACUGCUCUCCUUGCAGGAGGAGAGACACACUGAUGGGCAUCAGCUGGAGGAGCUGUCCUCCCAGCAUGCCUCAGUGCAUCAGGAGCUGAAGGAGGCGCAAGAGAGAGCAUGUCAGCUAGAGGAGGCCGUGAAGAGGAGGGACAGACAGCAGGAGGACCAGGAGAGGGAGAACAGGAGGCUGCAGGGGGAGCAGGAGAGCCUGCAGAGGUGUCGGGAGCAGCUGGAGGACGAGCUGCAGGAGCUCAGGUCUCUGUCAGUGUCUCUCCACCAGCAGCUCAGUCAGCAGCAGAAGCAGCUGUCAGAGUCGGAGGUGGAGCGAUGCCAGCUGACCACACACAUCCACACGCUGCAACAGGCCAAAGAAACAUUACAUGGAGAGAUCGAGUGUCUGAGAGGAGAACUACAGCGAGAGACCUCCAGGAGAGAAGAUGAGAGGGAGACGAGCAAGAGGAGCGAGGAGCAGAGGGAGGUGCUGAUGAAGGAGGUGGAGGACCUGCAGAGGAGGAGGUCAAAGCAGGAAGAAGAGAGGAGGGAGGAGAGGGAGGCCUGGCAGCGAGAAAGAGAGGCUCUGAGUGAGGAGCUGGGGAUGAAAGACGGAGAGCUGGAGGCACUGAGGAGACGCGUCGGAGGACUGACGGAGGAGACGGAGGAGAGGCAAAGGGAGGUGGAGGCACUGAGGAAGGAGGUGACUCAGAAAGAGACUCAUAUCAGCCUCCUGAUGGAAAAAAUACAGGGAGUGGAGGGGGAGAGGGAGAAACUGGAGGAGGAGGCAAAGAGGAUGGAGAUGAGACUGAAAGAGGAGGAGGUGAAGAGGAAGGAGGAAGAGAUGCAGAAGGACGGAGAGACUGAAGCACUUUGUGACCGGAUAGAGAAAUUAGAACAAGAAAAGGAGGAAAGAGAGAUGGAGGUGCAGCAGCUGAGGAGAGAAGCGGUGGAGGAAGAGGAGAGAUGGAGGACACGGGAGGAGGAGAUUAAGACACUGAGAAGAGAAAUCUAUGUAUUAGAGGAGGACAGAGAGGCUGAAAUGAGACAGAGGAAGAGGCUGAAAGAGGAGAUGGAGGAGGUGGUGGGGAGACUCAACAAAAAGGUGGGCGAGGGGGAGCUGCUGAGAGUGAGGCUCAACGUAGCCCAGGAGGAACGGGAGGAGAUGAAGGAGGAGGUGGAGCGGAGGGAGCGCAGCCUGGAGCGACAGAUGAAUGCGGUAAGAGAGCGGGAGGAGGAGGUGGAGAAGCUGAAGGAGCAUCUGAGGCUGGCCGCGGAGCGGGCGGAGGAGGGAGAGAGGGAGCGCCGGGAGAUUCAGACCCGUCUGAAACAGAAGGAGUUGAGGGAGGAGCAGCUGGAGUCGCUGCUGAGGGAAACGCGAGGGCUCCUGGAGCGAGAGGCGACAGAGAGAGGGGAACAAGACGACAGGAUUUCCUUCCAGACCGAGGAGUUGAAGGAGGUGCGGUUAGAGAGGGAGGAAGCGAGGCGGAAGGCCAAGGAGUGGGAGGAGGCCCAUGACAGGCUUCAGGAGGAGGUGAAGGACUGGCAGGAGAAGGAAGAUCACAGCGUGAAAGAGGUGGCAAAACUCAAAUGUGGCCUAAAGGUGCAGGAUGAAGAGGUCCAUCUGCUGAGGAGCAUGCUGGAGGAGAGGGAGGAGGAGAGGAGGGAAAGGGAGGCACUGGGGAGAAGCGAGAGGGAGAGGAGGAAAAGGCUGGACAAGAAGCUGGAUGAGGUGGAGGAGGAGAAGAGCAGGCUGGAGGAGAAAGUGAGGGAUGUGGAGGAGGAACUGGAGAGAGACAGGGGGGAGAGGAGGAGAUUACAAGACAGACUGGGAGAAGUAGAGAAGGAGGUGAAGGACCAGAGAGAGGAACUGAGGAGGACGAUGGAAGACGAGAGGAAGCUGGAGAACAAACUGAAGGAGACCCAGGAGGGGGUCCGAGGAGAAAGGGAUGAGCUGAGGAGGACGAGGGAGGAAAAGAGGAGGCUGGAAGACAAACUUGUAAUGAAGGAGAAGGAACUGGAGGAACAGAGGGAGGCGCUUAGGGGUCAAGAGGAGGAAAAAAGGAGGCUGGAGGAUGAAGUGAGGGAGGUGAAAGAGGAGGGAGGGAUGCUGUUCAAGGUGGAGGAGAGUAGGAGGUUGAGAGUCAGGGAGCUGGAGGAGGAGAAGACGGGACUCUCAGUAGAACUGAGGAGGAAGGAGAGGGAGGUGACGGCUCUCAGAGAGGAGGUGCAGAGAGAAAGGAGCAGGGCACAAGAGGAGCUGAGGGGGAGCACAAAAGAGCUGGCUGCGCUCAGAGAGGAGCUCCUCAAGGAACAGAGGGAGAUGCAAGCAGGGGAGGAGAAGCUGAGGAGGUCUGAGAGGGAGGUGACGGCUCUCAGAGAGGAGGUGAGUCGAAAGCAGAGGGAGAAGGAGGACACACAAGAAGGGAUGGCAACCUUCAAGGUGGAGGUUCAGCUGGAGCAUAAGAGGAGGCAAGAGGAGUGGAGUUUGAAGGAGCUGCUGAGCAGCAACAGGGCUGAGGAGGUCCAGGAGGAGCUCAGGAGGAGCAACAGGGAGGUGUCCGAAUUGAGGGAGGAGCUUGAUAAAGAACGAGGAGAGACUAAAGAGGUCCAGGAGGGGCUGACGAAGAGCAGGGAGGAGGUGGAGGAGAAGCUGAGGAGGACCAGAACUGAGUUGUCAGACAUCACAGAGGAGGCAGAGAGGGAACUGAAGGAGAAGGAGGAGACGAAAGAAAAGUUAACAGAGGCCGAGCGGGAGGUAGCGACUCUCAGAGAGGAAAUGCAGGAGGUGGCGAGGAGGAGCGGGAUGGAGGUGGCGCUUCUUAAAGGGGAAGUACAGAAAGAGCAGAGGGAGAGAAAAGAGUCGCAGGAGGAGCUGAAGAAGAGGAGAGGACAUGUGACCGUCCUUGAAGAGGAGCUGCAGAAGGAGCGCAGGAGGACGGAGGAGGUGCAGGAGGAGCUGGGGGGAGUGACGCGCAGCAUGGAGGUGAUGGGGGAGAACCUGAGCUCCCUGCAGAGUCAGGUGUCUGAUCUGAGAAGCAGCAGAGAGAGAGCAAGACACGAGGUGAAGGAGAAGGAGGAGCAGCAGCAGCAGAUGAAGGAGGGUCUGAGGGUGGCGCUGGAGGAGAUGACCAAGCUGAAGGGCCUCCUGCAGGAAAGUCACGCAGAGGGAGAACGACUGAAGAGCAUGUUGGUGCAGAAGAAGGAGGAGGUGGACAAGAUCCGAGAGGAGAACCUGCACGCUUUCAGAGAGGAGCUGGAGGAGAAGGGAGGAGAGCUGGAGGAGCUGAGAGCCAGAGUCAAGGCUCUGGAGAGGAGGAGGAGGGAGAUGAUGGAGCAGCUGGAGAACACAGAGGAGAAGAGAAAAGAGGCUGAGGAGUGGUGGAGGAGUCGAGUGGAAGAAGUGGAGAAGGAGGAGGAGAUGAAACAGAAUGCUCUUACUACAGAAAUCCAGAUGCUCAAAAGGAGACAGAGUGAGCUGGAGAAGGUGAGGGAGGAGAGGGAGAGGGAGGUGGAGGAGAGCAGAACCGAGCUGAGCAGACUCAGGUUCUCGUUGGAGGAGCAAAAAGCACAGAUCUCCUCUGUGACUGAAGCGGAGGAGCUGAGAGCUAGAAUCAAGGCUCUGGAGAGGAGAAGGAAGGAGAUGAUGGAUCAGCUGGAGAAGGGAGAGGAGAGGAGGAAGGAGUCUGAGGAGAUGUGGAGGAGCAGGGUGGAAGAAGUGGAGAAGGACGAGGAGGUGAAACAGAAUGCUCUCACCUCAGAAAUCCAGACUCUCAAAAGGAGACAGGAAGAGCUGGAGAAGGAGAAGAAGGAGGCAAAGAUGGAGGUGGAGGAGGCAAAGAAGGAGCUGAAGGAGAGCAGAACCGAGCUGAGCAGCGUCAGAUCCUUGUUGGAGGAUCAAAAAACACAGAUCUCCUCAUUGAGUGAAGCGGAGGAGCUGAGAGCUAGAAUCAAGGCUCUGGAGAGGAGAAGGAAGGAGAUGAUGGAUCAGCUGGAGAAGGGAGAGGAGAGGAGGAGGGAGGCUGAGGAGAUGUGGAGGAGCAGGGUGGAAGAAGUGGAGAAGGACGAGGAGGUGAAACAGAAUGCUCUCACCUCAGAAAUCCAUAUGCUCAAAAUGAAACAGGAAGAGCUGGAGAAGGAGCGGGAGAAGGCAAAGAUGGAGGUGGAGGAGAGCAGAACCGAGCUGAGCAGGGUCAGAUCCUUGUUGGAGGAUCAAAAAACACAGAUCCCCUCAGUGACUGAGGAGGAGACGGAUGGGCGAAUGAGAAAAGACCAGAGAGGAAGAGGAGAGCAGCAGGAGGAAAAAGGUGAGAACAAGGAGCAGGUUUCCUCUCUGGUGCAGGAGCAGGAGGAGCUCAGGAAGAUGCUUCAACAGAGGGAGGCUGAGGUAUACAGUCUGACUCAGAGGACUGAGGAACUGGAGAGAGACAGGGAUCGAAUCCGAUUGGCUCUGGAGCAAACGGAGGCAGUUAUGAUUGGCCGAAGAGAGCGAGCUCAACAGGAACUGAGCCCAGGGACAGGGUCUAAUCCAGACCAGGCUGUGGGAGACAGGCUGCUGGUCCUACAGCGUCUGGUGGCUGAACUGGAGGUGGACCAGAAACGACUGACCAAGAAGAACACCCAUCUGGAAAACCAGAAAGACAAGCUGAAGAGAGACAGAGACGCUCUGAGAGACACACUGAGACGGGUGGAGGAGGAACGUUCAAGUCUCAGAGAAAAACCUGCCGACAGUCGGGGAUCUCAGGGGAGACACGUACAGGAGUCACCGGUCACCACAGACGAAGAACAGCUGCGGAGAAGAGUGAGUGAGCUGGAGGAUCAGGUGAGUCAGCUCCGUCACUCAUUGGCCGUGGAGCAGCAGCAGAAGGCGGAGUUUAUCCAGAAGUCGUCCAGAAACUCUCAGUGGCUGCUCUCCCUGAGACACGACCUCAACGAUUCGUUGGCCGCCGUCACCCGCCGCCCAGUCCCGUCCGUCCUGGAGUCUGAGACGCAGCGACUGGACCGCAGCCUGAGGGAGGAGGAGCUUAGGUUGUCCCUCAGCCAUUAGUAGCUGCUCCCAGAUGAGAAAUAAAGCUUCGACCAAAAUAUUUAAACCUGAAUUGCCUCAGAGCCAGCCUGCUGUUGUCAUGGAAACCUAUUCUGUCACAUGUUGAGCGGCUCCCCAUUCCUCAUGUUAAGCCUGGAGACCAGUUGCUGUGACUCUGAGACCAAACCGGUGGUCCUCCAUCCAGUCAGAUGACAGGAACUGGACCUUUAACCAAACAAAGGCAGAUAAAAGCAGACGGAACAAAGUUUGAAGGGAAAAUCAAACCAAAGUGGGACACGUGAAUGUCAACAGGACGUAAAUUCAAGAUACAACACUCACUGGAAUCAAUAUACCGUAUUUUCUGGACUAUAAGCCGCUACUUUUUUCAUAGGUUUUCAACCGUGCGGCUUAUACAAAGGUGCAGCUAUUCUGUGGAUUUUUCUUCCACCGCUCGGGCGCUCUAACCAGAAUUAGAAUCAAAACUAAGACAAAAUAAAUGCAAAGAAGAAUAUGCUACUUCUUCUUUAGCAGAUAGAAGUAGGUAGAAGCAGAUUUCAAACAGAUAAAUAGAUAAAUAAAUACCGGUUUUCUCUUGGUUCUGUCCCAUUUUAAUCAGCAAAGUAUAAUAAAAGACAUAAAAGACACUGUUAGGAAAGGAUCUAUUUAGGUACAAACAUGUACAUCAUUUACAGUUCAAAAUCAUUAUCUACAUGUAGUAAGUAUCUAAUCUAACAACAUAAAUAUCUGCGGCUUGCAUAUCUUUUUUUUUUUAAAUAGAGCGGAUGCGGCUUAUAUACAGGUGCGGCUUAUAUUCCAGAAAAUACGGUAAUUGUUCACUGAUUCAAUAGUUCAGACAUGAGCCAGAGACGUGGCACCUCAGGGGCCGCUCAGACCAGUUACAGUGUUUCUGCAGGUUCCUGCUCUCAGACCAGGUGGUUUGAGUCUCCGCUGAUUCAACACCGGUGAUGUUCACCAAUGAAAACGUGACAAAAGGAGGUGAACUCAGCUCUCACAAACAGAGGAUUUUAUUCAGAAGCAUGAAGUUAACCUGCUGCAGCCAGAUCUGUCAGUCACCGUCCACAUCAGAGACGACCAGCUGGAUCCAAAGAAGCCUCAGGAACUGAACCAGGAACUGAAUCUAGGUCAAAUCCAGGUCUACAGAUGUGGAGCAGCAUCUGCCUCAGGAACUGUUUACAUGUUUACUUCUGUUGGAUCAGUUACUGCACAGAGCUGUUAUUGAUCAGUUCUGUCAGAUUCAUGUUUAGGAUCCAAGGAACGUUUACUCAUUAUUUAUUCUUUUGUGUUUGUUUUUCAUUAUAAUAAUAAUAUUAUUAUUAUGUUAUUGUAUUUUUACUUCCGAACACACUGCACUACUUUUCCCACAAUCCUCCAUGCUGAGGCCAGGCAUCAGCUCUGUUACAAGUUCAAUAAAGGGAAAGUU